AGUCAAGAAAGCGAUACGGCCCGGCCCGGCGGCCCGGCAGCACUGACCCCGCUCUGAACUGGGAGCCCAUUUUUCAUCCUAAAAUAGUUGGAGAGGACAUGUAUAAAAGCGAACGAGCAGAGGCACUGAUCUUUUACUGGACGUCCCUCCUGCACCGAGCUGCCACCGUCUCCCAUUCAGCAGCAGUCAGUAAGAAGCCAAGAUGGCAAUGAGCAGCAUCCUCAACGCUGAUGACAUCAAGAAAGCUCUAGAUGCAUUUGCAGUUGCUGACUCUUUUGAUCAUAAGAAGUUUUUCGAGAUGGUGGGUCUGAAGUCCAGGUCCUCUGAUGAUGUGAAGAAGGUCUUCACGGUGCUGGACGCCGACAACAGCGGCUUCAUAGAGGAAGAAGAGCUCAAAUUCGUCCUGAAAGGUUUUGCCAAAGAUGGCAGGGACCUGACAGACAAAGAAACCAAAGCAUUUUUAAAAGCAGCCGACAAGGAUGGAGACGGCAAGAUUGGAGUCGACGAAUUUGCUGCCCUUGUGAAAGAAUGAACCGUCAGCUGUGGCUCUGACGGAUCACCUCCCGAGCACCGCCCCACAUCCCUUCGCCAGAACUGAAGCCUCGCCUCACCUCCCGCCUCAUCUGAGACUAAAAACCCAGAUUCCUGCUACGAAAACGCUCCUCGCCUGAACCUCCUCUCUCCCGCCGCCGUCUUCGCCGAUGCUGCGCUGAAGUACGCCGCGGCGUGCAAACCGCCGACCCCUCCGAUGCCCCGUAGCAGCAUUCACGCCAUUUGUUUUAUCCUUUUUAUACAAACUGUUCUCGUUUCUCUUUAUGUGUAGAUAUUAAAAAAACAUGCCUGCAGGAACAAACCGACACAUUUUAAACGAUAAAGUAGAUCUCUAAAGAGAAAGACCCUCAUCUCCUUCUGUCUCUGACUCCACCCUCUGAUGCCCCGUUGCCCUCUUUAUUUGUCCCUCCUGUUUUCUGUCCAUGUCACCUCCGGCUCAGCCUUCCUGCAUCCCCUGUCCUCUCCCACACCAUCCAGACAUCUCUUUCUCCUCUGGUAAUGAGCUGAUCGUAAAACAUACCAAAAGAAGAAAGAAGUCAAGCUGUGAAAGAAUAAAAUAAAGUUGAAAAACAAAACA